AUGGUCGUGGCUCCUCGUUUCUUUGCCCUCCUGAGCUUCGUGGCUGGGUGGGCGUCAUUGCUUCCCUUUGCUUCUGCUGCACCCAGUCAGCUCAAGCGAAACCAGAUCUCGCUCGUGCCGCCUGCGCAGCUUGGAGCUGGUGCUGAUCCUCGCCGCGCUGGCAUGAACAUCUCGGAAACUUAUCAGCCUAACUCCUCCUACAUGGUUGAGAAGCCAAGCUACCAAGUAUUUUCCAACUUUGACUUCCAGUCCAUCGCGCUCGCUCUGCACCAAGAGUACAUCGAGCUCGACCUGUUCAACUAUGGCCUCGUGAAAUUCUCAGACGCCGACUACGAUGCAGCUGGUAUUGACGCCGACGACCGCCACUUGAUCCGACACAUGGCACAGCAGGAGAUUGGCCAUGCCGUCGCUCUCUCCAACAUGCUGGGCUCCAAGGCUCCCAAAAUGUGCACCUACCGAUAUGAUUUCCAGACCGUCCCCGAAUUUAUCGAUUUCAGCCAGAGGCUCACCAAGUGGGGAGAGUCCGGGGUCUAUGGCUUCCUCAACUUGCUCGACAACCGGGCUAGUGCUCAGAUCUUGCUCCAGUCGAUCACCACCGAGGCUAGGCAGCAGAUGGCAUUCCGCCAAUUUGAAGGCCUGUUCCCCAUGCCGGAGUGGUUCGAGACGGGCAUUCCUCAGUCUUGGGCCUGGACGUUGCUGAGCCCUUGGAUUGUCUCCUGCCCCGAGGAGAACAAACCACUGGCCUGGGAGAUCUACCCUGCGCUAAACUGGACCAACCAGCCCAACUCCAUUGCGGCAGGCAGGGCAGCCGGCGGGCCAUCGAUCUCGAACAACGUCACGGCUCUCACCCACGGGGGGCAGGAGAACACGUUUGAGUGGGAGCAGCCCGGCAAGUUGCAGGGACCCUACAAUCAGAAGACUACAACACACACCUCGGGGGUGCCCAAGUAUGCCGCUUACGUCUCUCAGUUCAAUGUGACGUAUGCGCCUCUGUACGAUGUCGACACGAAUGCACGAAGGGCCAAGGCUAAGCAGCCUGGCGGAAAGGUGUUCCCCCAGGGUCCCUCGCUCGUCAACAGCACCAUCUUUGUUGCUCUGACGGACUCCAAUACGUACUACACCCCGGCAAAUCUGAGUCUCAUUACCCAUCACGUAGUUGCUGGCCCCGCCAUCUACCAGGCUGGUUAA